AACAUGACAGUUCUUUCCGCGACGCUUUAAUACAAUAAAGUUUUAGUUUAAUUUUAGGGAAAAUAUCCCAAACCACUCUAGUUUGAUUUGGAAUUUUAUGACAGACAUUUCGGUAUACAAUAUAUAAAUGUAAACCUAUUCAAAAUGACAAAAACGCGAUUGUCCACGAACUUUUUGGAUAUCCCUCAUAUGGUGGGUAAAGUUUUAAAUGCGUAUACAUGUACAUGUGGGGGUAAAAGAUGUGUCGCGUUUCCUUAGACGUCAGUAUAAUAUAAAUGUAGAGCAACCCAGAGAGCUGCCACUGACUCUUUUAACAUUAGUGUGCGGUUACAGUGGUGGAUGUCCGGUACCAGUACUGCCGAGUACUGUCGCAGAUGUUAGCGGACUGACCCCGCUUGAUCCCAUUGUUGGUCAGCGUGCCGUGAAAUCAGCGAUCGAUUCCCUUUUAUGCUCGCCGUAAUCAAGCCCGGACCAGCACGGACCAACAACAUUAACCCGCUUGACGAUGAGGAGGCACUGGAACACCAACGCUGUUAUACUGACCUUUAUCUGCUUAGGGCUGGGACUAUGGGUCAUUUCCAGAAAGACCGAACCAGCCGAAACAAACAAACAGACCAAACAAAGCCGACAGUAUGGAAACAAAGUGGACACAGUGAAAGAAUUCAAAAUACAUACACGAAAUACAAACCUUAAAAAAUAUCUUCUGCAACCGCAUGGAAAAGGACAGCAUAUAGAAAACAAAGACAAACGUUACUCUCAGGUCAAACAGGAUGAAGUCGUUUACGAAAUCCUCCAAAAGAAAGGAGGCUUUUUCGUGGACAUCGGAGCCCACGACGGUCAAUUCCUCUCUAAUUCACUGUGGCUGGAGCGACAGCACGACUGGAGUGGACUGUUAAUAGAAGCCAAUCCCGACCUCUGCAGCGCGAUAGACAAGUUAAAACGAAACGCCUGGCGCUUAUGCGCAUGUCUGUCGAAUUCUCAGGACAGUGUUUCUUUCAUUAAAGGUGGAGGUGUGGGCGGUAUCGCGGACAACAUUGAUGAACACCAUAUUAAAAUGUUAGAUAAAAACAACAAAAUCACCGUCCCAUGUUUUGGUCUGGAUGAAAUCUUAAAUGCGAUCGGCAUUCAUCAUAUCGACUUUUAUUCUUUGGACGUUGAAGGCGCAGAGAUGUCCAUCUUGAAUUCGAUGAAAUCUGGAUUAGAAAAAGGAAAAUUUACGGUAGACGUGUGGUCGAUCGAGUACAGAGUGUGGGACGGUCGCCAGAUUGUUGCCGAGAAAUCGAAGGAGAACCUGAACGCACUCCGAAAAUAUUUCGCUGAGGUAGGAGGCUAUUUCGAACACUCUCAGUUAUCUACUGACGAGAAUAACCAAGACGGCUAUGCCCUGGACGUUGUGUUUGUUCGUACAGACGUGUGGUGCAAUACGCGACAAAAGUUCCCAAACGGGACUAGUUGUCCACAAAAGGAGAAGGCCUAUCGUAUCACGGACUACCUCCGUUCUCCCCACCCCUAUUCCAAGGUAGAAGACGCAGAUAAACGACACUCCCAAGCCGGACAGGACCAGGUCGCCUACGACAUUAUUAAGAAAGAUGGCGGGUUCUUUGUGGAUAUAGGGGCCCACGAUGGACAGUUCCUAUCGAACACGCUAUGGCUAGAAAGGCAGCACAAAUGGUCGGGACUUCUCAUCGAGGCCAACCCCGAUCUAUGUCAGAAGAUUGAUAAAGUAAAACGACACGCGUGGAGGCUGUGCGCAUGCCUGUCGAACACCAUGGGAACAGUGACCUUUAUUAAGGGUGACACGGUUGGUGGUGUUGAGAAUCACAUCGAUGAACACCACAUCAAAAUGUUGGACAGGAACAACAAAGUUACCGUCCCAUGUUUCAGCCUAGAGGAUGCACUAAAGGAAGUCAAAUCUAACCAUAUAGAUUUCUUCUCUUUAGACGUCGAAGGGGCAGAAAUGGCGGUUCUAGAGUCUUUGAGGGAGGGACUGAAGUCCAAACGUUUCACGGUGGAUGUGUGGUCUAUUGAGUAUCGUGUGUGGGAUGGAAAAAAUGUUGUGUAUAAGAAUUCGUUGGAAAAUUUGAAUGCUCUGAGAAGGUACUUCAAAGAGAUCGGGGGCUACACCGAACAUUCACAGCUAUCGAAUGACAAAAACAAUAAUGAUGGGUAUGCAUUGGAUGUGGUGUUUGUACGAAAUGAAAUGUUUUGUCAGAAACACGACGCCUUACCUGACGGUACUCCGUGCACAAACUGACACUCACUUAAUGUACAAUACAUAAAUCCCAACCCGAAAGAGAUUUUUUCUAAUUGUGUGUUUGUGUGCGCUUAAUUGUGUAUGUGUGUGUGUGUGUGAGAGAGAGAGAGAGAGAGAAAGAGAGAGAGAGAGAGAGAGAGAGAGAGAGAGAGAGAUCUGUAGAUAUCAUCAAAUUGAUUUAUGUAAUCUGCAAAUGAUCAAACUCACGCAAUGUUCUAAAUAUGAAACUGAGAGGGGGAUGGAUAAACUGUUGUGUAUCAAUGUGUGUAAAUAAUUUCCGUUAAUGUUACAUGUAACUUUUAUUGCAAAAUUGAUACUUAUUAUUCAACUUGCAAAAAACCAAACCCACGCAAUGUUUUCUUUUUUGUUCACUUUAUUUAGUGUUUCGAGUAUCAAAUAAUUAGUGUAUAUAUUUACUGUUUAUUUAUUUUAUUUUUAAAGUAAAUAAAUAAUUUACUCUCUA